AUGUUGUUGUCUGUCUUAUUGCGAACUAUCACCGAAUUGUGCCCAGUCUACUCACCAUUCUUCGGCUCAAUGGGAAUUGCUGCCGCUAUUGUCUUCACCGUCUUUGGUGGUGCUUAUGGGACAGCCAAGAGCUCCGUUGGUAUUUCAUCGGUCGGUGUGAUGAAGCCUGAGUUCAUUAUGAAAUCAGUCACUCCAGUCAUUUUCGCUGGUAUUAUUGGUUUGUACGGGUUGAUCAUUUGCAUUAUGUUGUUCAUCAACGUCUCAAAGGAUGACUACUCCUUAAACAGAUCUUUCCUUGACUUGGGUUCUGGACUCUCUUGUGGGCUCUGUGGACUUGCUUCUGGUAUGUCUAUUGGUAUCUCAGGUGACUGUGGUGUCAGAGGUGCUGCUCAACAACCAAAGCUCUUCGUCGGUAUGUUGAUCUGCCAGAUUUUCUCAGAAGCUCUUGCCUUGUACGGAUUCAUUGUCGCGUUGGUUAUGGCCUCAACUGGUAACAAUGAUUGUGUGACAAAGGUUGUCGCCACCUCUUCUUCUGCUUAA